AUGCCUGCCGUUGGAGUCCCGUUUAUUUCAGUCUCACGACCUGCCCGUCCUGUAAUUGUAGUACCACCAAUCUCUGCCACUACCAGUGCCGAUUAUUCUGCCUACACUGCCUACACCACUACAACCACUACAACCACUACAACCACUAAACCUACACUGUGCAGCCUGCCCAGCGCGGCUUUCUGCAGCACCUCCACCACACAGCAGCAGCAGCAGCAACAGCAGCAGCAGCAGCACCGGCCACCGUCACCACCGUCACCACCGCCAACCCACCACCACCACAACCACCACAACCACAACCACCAACACAAUAAGAAUUUCUUUCUCCUCCCACCAACCACCUCCAAACCCUCUUCAACCACCAAUUCCGCAACCAACCCUUCAACUCUCUCCAACUCAUCAACUAUCGCCACCACAACUACAAUAAUAACAAAUACCACAAGCUUAUUACCAUCACCGCCACUAUCUUCAUCUCCAUCUCCUUCUCCUUCAUUUUCUUCUCAAAAUACCCAACCUCUCAAUCCAUCUCCUCUAGACCCAUUUCACAUCCCAUCUUCUUCUACCUCCUUUUUUAAUCCUCCAACCACUACUUCUCCCCUUUACAAAGAUAAUAAUAAUAAUAAUAAUAAAAUAACACCUCUUCCUAAUCCUUCAUCUGCUGUAUUCCAACCUGCUACAGCUUCUACCGCAGCCAUUGCUUCCACCGUUUCUUCCGCCGCUGCUUCUGCCGCUGCCUCUAUUACUGAAUCUACUACAUCCACUACAUCAUCCACUACAUCUACUAAAUCUAGUAAAUCUAGUAAAUCUAGUAAAUCUACCAAAUCUACCUCCUCUCCAUUAUCCACUUAUCACUCCCCAAUAAUCCACUCUGCCAUUUUGCCUUCUCCAACUCCUUUACAACCCUCAUCCCCCUGCUUAGGUCCAGCUCCUGAUUCAUCCCCAUCUCUCUGUGCAACAACAGCCUCUCCUAUCUUUGCCUAUCCUCCUCUAGCUCCUUCCGCAAAGCGUCUCCUAGCCUUUGUUAACCCUCCAAAGCCCUCCACUCCUUCAUCUGCAUCCUCCACAACAUCCUCCUCCUCCUCCUCUUCUUCCUCUUCCUCCCAUAAUAUCCCCCCAACAUCCUCCAUCCCUCCGCUAAAACGUUUCCUUUACUCGUCCGCUGCUCUUUUUUCUCUCAAAAUGGACCCCCAUUCUGCCUCUAAACCAACAACAACUUCCCUUUCUAACGUUGCUACUCCGACCACUGCAAAUGAAUCGGUCCGUGGCAAACUUAAGGUCCGCAUAAUUGAGGCCCAUAAUAUUCUCGUCCUCUCUCCUAAUCCUUGUCCUUACGUCGUUUGCACUUUCGGCUCUUCUGAAUUCAUCACCCAGGCUGCCAAUGGCGCUACCUAUAUCCCCCAAUCACUUGAAGCCUCUCCUGGUGGCUCAGGCUCUGCUGGUGACUCUUCUACAAUGUCAUCGGUUUCAUCAGGCAUUGCAAUCCCCUCUAAAACUUCUACCCUACGGCAAUCCUCAAACCUAACCCUCUCGGGCAUUUACAAUAAAAUCAAGGGCGGCCCAGCUAACCCUGCAUCCUCCAAUACUACAACUCCAAAUUCAUCCACAAACACUAAUACCUCUAAUACAAAUACAAAUACUAAUACUAAUACUACUGCUGCUACUGCUACUGCUACUACCAAUAAUAAUAAUAAUAAUAGCCAUAAUAGCCAUAGCUCUAAUACCUCUAAUACCUCUAAUUCUAAUACCUCCACAACUGGUCCAGCAGCUUCUUCGGCUUCCUCCACAGCUUCUAGCAACUCCUCCCCAAGCAAUCCUACUUGGUCCGAUGAAGCACAAUUUGAUGUCACCAAUGAAACUGCAGAGCUUGACAUAAGCAUAUACGACGCAAACUCUGCAGACGCCUUUCUCGGCCGUGUCCUUAUCCAAACUAACCUGGCCAAGGAAACCCACUUCGACAAGUGGCUUCGACUCGAGUCUCGCUUCGACUCGGCUCGCGUCACUGGUGAGGUCCGCGUCCAAAUGACUUAUGAGCCUACCCGCAAUAAACGAAUUGGCCCAGACGACUUUGAGGUACUUCGUCUUGUUGGAAAAGGUACUUUUGGCCAAGUCUACCAGGUUCGCAAGCGUGAUACACACCGUAUCUAUGCCAUGAAGGUCCUUUCCAAAAAAGUCAUUGUUCAAAAGAAGGAAAUUGCCCAUACCAUUGGUGAGCGUGAUAUCUUGGUCCGCACUGCUCUGGCAGACUCAAACUUCAUUGUUGGUCUCAAGUUCUCCUUCCAAACUCCCUCGGAUCUUUACCUUGUUACUGACUACAUGUCUGGUGGUGAGCUCUUUUGGCACUUGCAAAAGGAAGGUCGCUUCUCGGAGGAACGUGCAAAGUUUUACAUUGCUGAGCUCAUUAUUGCCCUCGAGCACCUCCAUGACAAUGACAUUGUUUAUCGUGACCUUAAGCCUGAAAACAUUUUGCUCGAUGCAAACGGCCACAUUGCCCUUUGUGAUUUUGGUCUCUCUAAGGCUAACUUGUCUGAUAAUGGUACCACAAAUACCUUUUGCGGUACCACUGAGUACCUUGCCCCGGAAGUUCUGCUCGACGAUAAGGGUUACACCAAGAUGGUUGACUUUUGGUCUUUGGGUGUGCUUGUUUUUGAAAUGUGCUGCGGCUGGAGUCCCUUUUACCAUGAGGAUGUACAGCAAAUGUAUAAAAACAUUGCCUUUGGUAAGGUCCGUUUCCCUAAAGAUGCUCUAUCUGCUGAAGGUCGCAACUUUGUCAAGGGUCUUUUGAACCGUAACCCUAAGCACCGUUUGGGUGCCAAUGGCGAUGCCCGUGAGCUUCGUGCACAUCCCUUCUUUGUCGAUAUUGAUUGGGACCAACUCGCUACAAAGAUGAUUCCGCCGCCAUUCAAGCCUGUCAUUGUUUCAGAAACAGAUACUUCUAACUUUGACCCUGAGUUUACUCAAGCAUCCACAAGUGUGCUCAAGCGUGGAUUCUUGCCUUUGGGCUCUACUCCCUUGUCUCCGGGAAUUCAAGCCAAUUUCCAAGGCUUUACCUAUGUCGACGAGUCAUCUAUGGAUCAACAUUUGGCAGCAUCCAUGUCUGUUAGUGAAAUGAUGCACUCUGGGUCACUUACCGGAAUUUCCCGCAUUCCUGAUGAUGGCGACAUUGAACUUUAUGACGACAAUGAUAUUGAAAACACAGUUGAGUAUAACAGCCGGCAUGGACUUAGCAACAAUAAGCUGCUUGAUGAAGAUGAUGUUGGCAUGCUGGAUGACGAUGAUGGGUUUGUCAAUGGCCAACAGUUUGAAAUGUAA